AUGGUGACCAAGGUUCUCUGUGUGGCAGAAAAGCCCUCAAUCGCCAAAGCCGUCGCUGGCCACCUGUCUGGCGGUUCACACCGAGUUUCCAAUUCACGUACGCCAUGGCUCAAAAAUUACAACUUCUCAUACAACUUCCCAAACUGGGGUCCCUGCGAGGUGGUCAUGACUAGUGUAGCUGGCCACUUGCAAAGUACAGACUUCGUGUCCGACUUCAGGGGUUGGAGAUCUUGCGAUCCCGAGCGCCUCUUCGACGCUCCUUUAGUAACUUACGUAGAAGAGGACAAGAAAGGCAUUGCUGCCAAUAUCGAGACACAGGCUCGUAACGUACAGAUUCUUUUCAUCUGGACCGAUUGCGAUAGAGAAGGCGAACACAUCGGCAGUGAAAUCAGAGAAGUUGCCCUCAGUACUAAUCCUCGGUUGAGGCAGCCUGGAAAAGUCGUACGAGCCAGGUUCUCCAACAUCGAAAGAGCCCAUAUCAUACAGGCCGCUCGCAACCCUAUUCCUCUCGACGAGAACUCGGCCAAUGCUGUUGCUGCAAGAAUAGAGCUGGAUCUUCGUAUUGGCGCUAGCUUCACUCGCUGGCAAACGUUAGAGAUUGCACAGUAUCUCAAGGAUCGUGGCGUCUUCUCGUCUGAAGAGAAGAAGAUCUUGAGCUAUGGUGGCUGUCAAUUUCCUACGCUCGGCUUUGUUGUCGACAGGUAUUUCAUGGUCAAGAAUUUCGUUCCCGAGCCUUACUGGGCCAUAAAAGUCACACAUAUCAAAGACGACAUCACUGUCAACUUUCGAUGGGCUCGCAUCAAUCUCUUUGAUCGAAUGGCGGUGAUUAUACUGUUCGAGAGGUGUCUGACUGCCAAGCAUGCCAAAGUCAUCAAAGUACAGACCAAGCCGGCUAGCAAGUGGAAGCCCUUGCCAUUAACCACUGUCGAACUACAAAAAAUGGGAAGCAGAUUCUUGCGUAUGGACAGUCAGAGAGUCAUGAAAGUUGCAGAAGACCUUUACAACAAAGGUUUUAUCAGUUAUCCAAGAACCGAAACAGAUCAAUUUGACAGAGGAAUGGAUCUGAGAGCUCUGGUCCAGAAGCAAACCCAAUCACAAAACUGGGGAGCCUUUGCUCAAAACCUCAUGAAUGGAGGCUUCAACCAGCCAAGACAAGGCCGCAACAACGACAAGGCCCAUCCGCCGAUUCAUCCAGUUAAUUUUGUCACACCAAACGCACUUGAUAACCAAGACGAGCGCAAAGUUUACGAGUUCGUAGCCAGAAGAUUUCUUGCUUGCUGCAGCGAAGAUGCCAAAGGCUCUCGCGAUGAGGUCAGCAUCUUGUAUGGGUCUGAAAUCUUCAAUGCUUCUGGCUUAACGGUGCUUGCAAGAAAUUAUCUAGACGUCUAUCCCUACGAUAAGUGGACUAGCACGCAACAACUUCCACAGUUUCAGGUCGGUGAGACAUUUGAGCCGACCGAGGCUAGGAUGACUGAAGGCAAGACAAGUCCACCUGGAUACUUGACGGAGCCAGAUCUCAUUGCACUCAUGGACGCAAAUGGCAUUGGUACUGAUGCUACAAUGGCCGAGCACAUUGCGAGAGUCAAGGAACGGGAGUACGUCAUGACACGACCUCGAGCUCGGAGAGCGCCUGCAGAAGGUGAAGACGAACGAGAAGAAGGCGAAGCACCGCCCGUCCAGGAAGAUGAUGAUGACGACGACGUUGGAGGCCGAGGUAGAGGCAGAGGACGUGGUCGAGGAAGAGGAAGAGGUGGUCGAGGAGGCAGGGCAGGUGGUGGGCGUGGCGGAGGUCAGCAAGGCGGCGUCCAGGAGUUCAUUCCAACGACUCUGGGUGUAGCACUCGUCAAAGGCUACGAGGAGAUGGGAUUCGAGAUGAAUUUGAGCAAGCCCUUCCUCAGAAAAGAGAUGGAGAACAAGAUGAGAGCGAUUUGCGCAGGCACUACAACCAAAGGUGAUGUGGUGCAUGAGAGCCUGGACAUGUAUAGAGAUGUCUAUAUCAGAACGAGACGAGGCAUCAACAUCUUGAAAGCGUCGGUUGACAGAUAUGUACCGGGUGCAAGUCGCAACAGAUGA